UUCAAUUCAUCCUGCGCCUAAUUUCAUUCACAGGUGCUUAAAAUAGUAGGCCUUUCUUCAGUGGGUGGCCUCGGCAAGUAACUGUUCAUAUCUUUCUCUCUCUCUCUUCUUCUUCUCCGAGGACUGCUAGUAUAAAAAGGAGAAGCUCUUGGUGCUGUCAUUCUGCAAGAAAAAGGGGAGCUCAAGAGGACAGAGGGGGUGGUGUUCCCUAACGGGAGCCACAGGCCGCCAUGGACAUGGAGCUUGAGCAUGGAGGGGAUGAGGAGGAGACACGGAGCGAAUCGUCCAAGAGGAGCUUGGGUGCUUCGUCGGAUGCUACCGUUAGCAGCACAGCAAGCAAGCUGCAAGCUCUGAGAUUUGCAGAGGACCUCUCCCUGCCAUCGGUGCAGGUUGUGGUGAUGAGCGCCAACAUGGGGUGCUCGCACUGCCGACAGCGCGUCGCCAACGUCGUCUCCAAGAUGAACGCAGGGCUGCUGGAUUACAUGGUGGAUUUCGGGAAGAAGGAGGUGACGGUGAGGGGGAAGGUGGCGCACACCAAGAAGAGGAGGAAGCACAAGAAUCCCUUCGCGGCAGGCUGGGAGACCAAGUCGUCGGCGUCGCCCGGUCAUGGCAGGACGACGCUCUCCUGGUUCUUGGGAUGCUACGCCUCGUAGUAGCUAGCAGUAUACUAGUCUAUACUACCACACCUAUAGGAGUAUGUGUUAUAUAAAUAUUAAUUGUAACCUUUUGUUAUCCUCUUGUAAUUCUUUCCUUGCUUUUUUUUUCCUUUUGCCAUUAUUUUUUUACUGUAUUCAGAAAAAUAAUGUAGCUGUAGUAAUUGUAAUGCGGCUGCCAUUGUAAAUGCUAUGCACGUGCGCGUGCUCCCCGAUCCUCCACA